UUGCUAUGUGUUAUGCACAGGCUGGGGCACUGUAAUGGCAACGUGACGUUGGAAAAUAUAAUUCGACGUCACGUUGAAACGCGACAACAGAAUAAAGCGUUUUUUGAAAAUGAUGCGGGGGGUCAUAUAGCUGACUUCUUGCGUCAAAGAGAAGUUGUAAGACACGUAGCCAGGGUUGAGCCGCUACCGCCUCGUCGUGCGGCGCCUCUUGAGCGAAACUACGGGGCGAGACGACGACGCGCAGAAGAGGAGCUUCAAGGUGCCGUAGCAGCCCGAAGACCACGAAUUGAAAUCGCGGACUUAGUUGCGGAGCCACCAUCACCUCGAUACACUCCCGUCGGUGAAUCAUCAGAUGACGACGACGAUACUCGAGGUAAUUUUGACAGAGUUCCAGCCUCAGCCGAUGAGGCUAUAUUUACUCCAAGUAAGUUUUAAAAAAUAGACUUGGAG